AGGAACUUUAAUAUUUAAUGCUGUGUCGUUUACCUCACGCCAUUAACAAGUUCGUGCAUGCGCGAUGCAAGCCCUUGGUAAAAAGCGAGGUAACAUAGAUUCAUGCAGCAACCGCAGUCAUUAGUCUCGCGCUAGCAUUCAAUAUGAAUAAUUCCAAUUCUUCGGAACAGAAAGACUUCAAAUGGGCGGUGAAAUUGAAUCGUAUUAGUUUGGAAUUUGUCGGAUUAUGGCCCGAAUUAAAGCAAAAUUUCCGAGAAAAAUUAUUGUGCAAUUUACGAACAUUUUUUGCAGUAAUAAUAGUGACAAUCGGUGCAUUGGUGCCUUCUAUACAUUCGUUGAUUAGAAUUCAUUCUAAUAUUGUACUAACGAUAGAUAAUUUACAAUUCACUCUACCGAUCCUCUCUGUUGUUAUAAAACUCAUAAUAUUUUGGUGGAAAAAAGAAACCCUUAUUCCAAUUGUUGAUAUGAUUGCGAAAGACUGGCUAAAACCAAAGAGUGUGCGCGAAAGAAACACGAUGGUUAUUUGGGCGUUACGUGCACGUAUAAUUAUUAUAUGCUCAUACGUCUCAAUGGCAGUGGCGUACAUCAUUUUUAUCACGAUGCCUAUUUUUGGGAAAUCAAUGAGACUGAUAACAAAUAUUACCGAUCCCGGUAGACCGAUGCUUCUGCAAAGUUAUUAUAUUUAUGACGUAACGAAAAGACCGCAGUUUGAAUUAACGUUUAUUAGUCAAGCCUUUUCGACCUUCGUUGCGGUUUUGCCUUAUACAGGAAUUGAUAAUUUUCUUGGACUGUUGACGUUUCAUAUCUGCGGUCAGUUAGUUAUUUUAAAGAAUCGUUUUAUACAUUUACACGACUACAAAGAUUUUCAUGAAAUAUUGAAAGAUUGUGUGACGUACCAUAUUCGUUUGCUCAGAGCAAUUGAUGUCAUAGAAAAUGUAUAUAAUAUGAUACUUUUGGUAUUGUUUCUAUAUUUUGGUAUACUCUUUGCAUUCUACGGAUUUCUAUUAAUUAGUCUAUUUCAAGACAAAGAAGAUGAUGUAUCGAUGACUCGUCUGUUAUAUCUUAUUGUCAUUAUUAUGGUUUUGUUCGCACAUAUGUGUCUUUAUUGCGCUGUUGGCGAGAUGUUAAUGGCUCAAGUAAUUCUAUUUUAUAUUAACAAUUGCAAUGAAAUUCAUUUUGCAACGUAUAAUCAUGAAUGGUAUUUUCUGGAUUCAAAAGAAGCAAAAAAUUUAAUCCCAUUUAUGAUAAGAGCUAGUCAACCAAUUCACUUCACAGCUGGAAAAGUAUUUCCUAUGACAAUGGCUACAUUUUGCAAUCUGAUAAAAACAUCAGCCGGUUACAUAUCAGUUUUGUUUACGGGAAAUUAAUCAAUGAUUCGAGCAUAAGUAGGAAUCUUUCUGGUGUUUUAGAAUUGUUUGUUAGUAAAAAGUAUUAUAUAUACAUUAUGUUAUAAAUAAAAAGUAAGUUUCGAUAAAA